CCAAGCAGCGGAUGGUUCCAUUUCCUCUCCCAGACAAAUAAGAGUGAGUGUUUUCUCCUGUGUGAGCUCUGUAAGCUUUUCUGAAGAUAUUAACGGACUCAAUCUCCUGUCACUUACGCAAAACCCCAAAUGAAGCAAGACCUCACCAUGGUCAAAGGCGAAGGACAGAAGACACAACUUUUUUGUUUAUUAGUGACUGGACUUAUUUCCUACUCUACGGUUCAAACAGAUGCUCUGAAUUCGUGUGCAGCUAGUUGUGGAAACAAACUGUCUCAGUGUUCUUGUCAUGUGACUUGUGAACCAUUGGGAACAUGUUGCGCAGAUUACUGGAAUUUCUGCUUACGGAUAUCUCCUCAGUCAGGAACCUUAAUGGGAGGAGAAGAUUUUGUCAUCGUUAACAAUACAUUUAACAUUAAAGACCAGAUAAUCUGUAGGUUCAAGAAAUCCAUUGUUACCAAGGGAUAUGUUGAUGAUGAUAAGAUGGCCCAUUGCAUCUCACCAUUGCUCUAUGAAAACGGAAGGAUACCUUUUGAGUUGUCAACAGACAAUGGAAAGAGCUACAGUCACCAGGGGACAUGGGUGUCAGUGCACCAUGGAAAAUUUUCACCCUUGAAGAAAAGCGUUUUACAGAAUGGAACCAAAUGGCAGUACUAUGGUACACCUGGUGUCACUGGGACCCUGACGCUCACUUGGAACUCAUCGUUACUCCCAGUGAACUCUGUAAAUGUUGAGCUCUGGGGUUACAGAGAAUACGGUGCACCUUACUCAGAGUCCUGGAGAGGAGAAUGGACGUACCUCUACUCACUUGGAGAAGGUGCUCAAAACAAUGGAAUAUUCACUUUCACCCCCAAACCUGCUCCAAAACCCUAUUCGGAAUGGGAAAUUGGAAUGUUGCGGCUUAUUGACCAGAAGGAAAGCCACGGUGUGCUGAACUCGCGAGCGCUGUGGAGUCCAGGCCAUGCUCUCGCCUGGCACCUGGGGGAAGACUUUAGGAGAGAUUCUGCGGCCUGGGCAAAAGAAAAGUGCCUGAACUGGGUCGAAUAUGAAAAGACCCUUCCUGAUUUCCUGUCGGAGAUUGCAGAUUGUCCUUGUACACUGGCACAAUCCAGAGCUGAUACCGGUCGAUUUCAUCCGGACUAUGGGUGUGACAUUGAACAGGGGAGCGUGUGCACCUACCAUCCUGGGGCCGUUCACUGCGUUCGAGCUAUACAAGCAAGCCCCCAGUAUGGAGCAGGCCAACAGUGCUGUUACGAUGCCAAAGGCAGACAGAUUCUGACUAUAGACUCCAUGGGAGGCAGCACCCCCGACCGAGGGCACGAUUGGGGCUCCCCGCCGUAUGAGAAACCCCCGAGGGUGCCUGGCUUCUCUCAUGGCAUCUACGAUGUGAUUAGUUUCUAUUACUGCUGCCUGUGGUCCGAUAACUGCCAGCAAUACACAGCCCUGCGGCCUUCCAGUGACUGCCGGACUUACAGGCCACCGAAGGUUGGCACAGCAUUUGGGGACCCACAUCUCUUUACGUUUGAUGGUGCCAACUUCACCUUCAACGGGAGGGGGGAGUACACCUUGGUGAAAGGAGAAGGAAACGCCACAAGUGGAAUAUUGCAAGUCCAAGGAAGGACAGAACUUGUCAAGGAUGUAGAAGGAAUGAAUGCAAAUGUGACUGGAUUUACUGCUGUUGCUAUGCGGGAAGGUGACUCUGAUGUGAUUGAAGUCCGUAUCGCUAACCAUUACAAUGUAAACAACUUGGAGGUACUAGUCAACAGUGGGAUUGUUACUUUCAAUGAACAGAACUGGAUGGAUCUUAAAGGGGUUUCCGUGUACUCGGCUAUCCCACAGAAUGUGACCGCCAUGUUUCCCUCUGGAGCUGGUGUGGAAGCACGGAUCAGGGGCUCAAUCCUGAGCAUCACCAUCCUGUUACCGGAGACGUUUAUGAACCAGACAGAGGGCUUGCUUGGAGUAAUGAACGACAAUGUGGAUGACGACUUCAGCUUCAGAAAUGGAUCAGCUCUGCCAGCUGACGCCAGCCAGGAGACGGUCUAUGAAUUAGGUGCCAGCUGGGCGAUUGAAAAUAAGAGCUCUCUCUUCACCUAUGACAGUCAGUUCUUGUUGGACAAUUACUUGCAUGCUCCCAAGCAUGACCCAGCCUUCACGCCUGUCUUCCAUGUGUUGGACAACCCAGCAAAUCCUCUGUACACCAAGAUGAUUGCCCUGUGCCAAGGGAAUGAGUUUUGUCGGUUUGAUACUCUUGUAACCAAAAGCCUCCAGGUGGGAAAUGCAACAAAACUCUCAUAUCUGAACUACCGAACACUGGUUGAAAGCCUUGAGCCGGUUACUUCCUGUGGGAUUUUGGAAGAGCCCAAGAAUGGGAAAAAAAAAGGAACCAUUUACUUGAUCGGAUCCACUGUGAAUUUUACCUGUAAUCAGGGCCAUGUUAUCUCGGGAUCGCACAUGCGCACCUGUCUGCCAACUGGCCAAUGGAGUGGCGAGCCUGUUUUCUGUAUAUCUGAGAAUGUUUUGGGGAUCGUAUUGGGAACUCUGCUUGCUGUGUUUUCCCUGGUGCUGAUUGGAGUGAUCUUGUACAUGAAUGAAAAGCGAUUGAAAAGGAGAAAAGCCAAAAUGGCUCAAAAUGCCUUUCAAAAUCCCAGUACAGGGAAAACUGAAAAUCCGUAACUUUUAAAAGAGAACACAUCUCCCCCACUCCCUCCCAGCCUCGACAUGGAGAGACCUUUUGCCUUUCUGUCAGCCCAGUGGACUCUGUCUGCGAGAUGGAUCUCUUUCUCUUAACUUCAGAAGCCUUCAGAAAAACAGAAAACAGAUUUCUCAGAUUGGGAUGGGAUAAUCCUUCUGGCAGCUCUGAGCUAUAGCUGAGAAAUUAAUUAAAGCUGUGUCUUGUUCAAAUUAUCAUAUUUAUAAUAUCUGGACCAGCAAAAACAUUCAAUUGGGUCUGCCUACAAUGGUAUCAACACCGGACAUUAACAGAUUGCUCAGUGCAAGGCAGUGUUUAUUGACAGGGCUGGGACUAUUGUCCACCUUCAUUCCAAUGAAUAUUUUGACUUUGCCCUGAAUCAUCCCUUUCCUCAGGAUGUUGGAAUGUGGGGAGUCCUUUGUUCAUCUCUUGCAAAAGAUAGGGUUCCAGAAGUGAAGUUGAUUGUUAAUUUUUUCAACCCUGUUGCUCGUCCAAUUCCCUCACACUUCAGAUUUCAAUUUCAUUUGAACUUCAAAAGAAAAUCCACCUGAAUUGGUUCAUUUGUCUCAGUCUACUGUCCAAGGCUUGCUUAAUCUUCAAAACAUGCAAGGAUUCAGCACUUCAUCUGCAGAAUAGGCAUGUUGAAUGUUGCUGUUGCUGCUCUAAGCAAGGGUAGGUACAGCUCAGGUGAGCUAUGUAUCGAAGCUCUCUCAGCGCUGCCCUGACAGUAUGACUACAUCUCCAGGCUUGCUGAAGAACACACCUCUGUAAAAUUCCAUUCCUGACAACAGCUGCCCCUGUAGCUUUUUGAGUGAGAUUGCUGAAUUUGCGUGGAAGCAUAUUUUAUUCUGGCUAGUGGACUUGCCUGCUGGUUUCACCCAAGAUUCUUUAAUCCAGGUUGAGUCCGAUUUUCACUCCCGCAGUCUGGACUGAAUUCGAAUCCAGGAUCGAGUAGGUGUGAGAUUAGGGAUUGAAACCUACCCUCGCAUUGGGCCUCCUUAUUUCAGCUCUAAAAUAGGAUCAUUUUUUUCAAAAAUAAAAUGAUUUUCUGCAAACUGAUGAUAUCUUGCUACCUUUGUUAAUUUUUAUAGCAAUAUUGCAGUUUUUUUAAAGUUUUUGACUAAGUAAUGGAAGCAUUUGUUUUAUGCAUUAUCUAUUAUUUCAAUAUGCAACAUUAUGCAGUUUUUUAUGAUUGAAUGUAUAGUUAACUGCUGAUCUAAUUAAAAGCAACACGGA